GUCGAAACAUGGGAUGUAAAAUGAAACCUUGCUCGGUGCUAGUAUCAAGAUAAGUGGAUCAAAUUAUCAGAAGGAAUGUUCACUCUAACAGAAGUUGCUUCCCUGAAUGACAUCCAGCCAACUUAUCGGAUUCUGAAACCAUGGUGGGAUGUCUUCAUGGAUUACCUUGGCGUUGUCAUGCUGAUGUUGGCGAUUUUCGCUGGAACAAUGCAAUUAACGAAAGACCAAGUCGUUUGCCUUCCUGUUUUGGAACAGACACCAGGGGAGCAAGGGGGCUUCUCGGGACAAGAGCCAGCAGAGGCAUCUGCUGACACAUGGAAUGGAGAGAACAGGCUCACACUAGAUGCAGCACCUCUGAUGGCUAAAGAUUUGCCUGAGGAUAUUGUCCAUAAAAUUCACUUGACACAGACAGAUACUCCUGGGCAGCGUCUUCCCACAGGUGUCAGGACCAAACUGGAUUUUCAGCAGUAUGUUUUUGUCAAUCAGAUGUGCUACCAUGUGGCCCUUCCCUGGUAUUCAAAAUACUUUCCUUACCUCGCUCUAAUCCACACCAUUGUAUUAAUGGUCAGUAGCAACUUCUGGUUCAAAUACCCAAAGACAAGUUCAAAAGUUGAACAUUUUGUUUCAAUACUGGGAAAAUGUUUUGAAUCACCUUGGACAACGAAAGCAUUGUCUGAGACAGCAUGUGAAGACUCAGAAGAGAACAAGCAGAGACUUGCUGGUCCCCCCUCGCUUCCUAAACAUUUCUCAAUGAGCAGUGAGGAGGGAAGUCCAAACCAGUCCACACCAAUGCUUGCAAAAUCCAGUGUUAAGUUUUCUGCCGAAAAGCUUGUGAUUGAAGUUCCAUCCAUGACCAUACUGGACAAGAAAGAUGGCGAGCAGGCAAAGGCCCUAUUUGAAAAAGUGAGGAAAUUCCGUGCCCAUGUGGAAGACAGUGACAUGAUAUACAAGCUCUAUGUUGCUCAAACAGUGAUCAAAACUGUGAAGUUCAUCUUGAUCCUGUGCUACACAAUGACAUUUGUUGCUGCUAUAGAUUUUGACCAUGUGUGUGAGCCAGAAAUAAAACAUUUGACUGGGUAUGCUACAUUCCAUUGUACACACAACAUGGCAUUCAUGUUAAAGAAACUGCUCAUCAGUUAUAUUGCUAUCAUAUGUGUUUAUGGUGUAGUUUGCAUUUACACACUAUUCUGGCUCUUUCGGCGACCUCUCAAAGAGUAUUCUUUUGAAAAAGUCAGAGAGGAGAGCAGCUUCAGUGACAUCCCUGAUGUGAAGAAUGACUUUGCUUUUCUCCUGCAUAUGGUUGAUCAGUAUGACCAAUUGUAUUCAAAGCGUUUUGGAGUCUUUCUCUCUGAGGUUAGUGAAAACAAGCUACGGGAAAUCAGCCUGAACCAUGAGUGGACCUUUGAGAUACUGCGGCAGCAUGUAACACGCAAUGCUCAGGAAAAGUUGGAACUGCAUCUCUUCAUGCUGUCCGGAGUGCCAGAUGCUGUGUUUGACCUCACUGAUUUGGAAAUCCUUAAACUAGAAUUGAUUCCUGAAGCCAGGAUAACUGCUAAGAUUUCACAAAUGAUAAACCUCCAGGAGCUGCACUUCUAUCAUUGUCCUGCCAAAGUAGAGCAAACUGCUUUCAUCUUUCUUCGUGACCAUCUCCGGUGCCUUCAUGUUAAAUUUACAGAUGUUGCUGAGAUACCCACCUGGGUAUACUUGUUGAAAAAUUUAAGGGAACUGUACUUGGUCGGUAACCUGAAUUCUGAAAACAACAAAAUGAUUGGACUCGAGUCUCUCAGAGACCUCAGACACUUAAAGAUUUUGCAUCUCAAAAGCAACCUAACAAAAGUUCCUACAAACAUAACCGAUCUCUCUCCACACCUCAUCAAGUUGGUUGUCCAUAAUGAUGGUACAAAACUCUUGGUACUGAAUAGUUUGAAGAAAAUGAUGAAUCUCGCAGAACUGGAGCUUCAUAAUUGUGAACUGGAGCGAAUCCCUCAUGCCAUCUUCAGUUUGACCAACCUGCAGGAGCUUGACCUUAAAUCAAAUAACAUUCGUACCAUUGAAGAAGUUAUUAGUUUUCAGCAUCUCAAAAGGCUGACUUGCCUCAAACUGUGGCACAACAAGAUAAUCAACAUCCCAUUGUCAAUAAGCCAUGUCAAAAACCUCGAGUCACUCUAUCUUUCACACAACAAGCUUGAGUCCCUGCCCUCAUCUUUAUUCACUCUGCUUAAGUUGCGGUACCUUGAUAUUAGCCACAACUCAAUAGUGGUGAUACCACUGGAGGUGGGUUUUUUACAGAACCUCCAACAUUUUGCAAUUGCAGGCAACAAAGUUGAGGUGGUGCCUAAGCAAUUGUUCAAGUGCACCAAACUGAGGACAUUGUGUCUUGGCCAUAACUGUAUCUCUGCCCUUCCAGAGAAAGUUAGCCAACUAGUGCAGCUGACACAUCUCGAACUUAAGGGAAAUUGUCUCGACCGCCUCCCGGCUCAGCUCGGGCAGUGUCAUCUGCUUCGCAGAAACUGCCUAAUCGUGGAGGACCACCUCUUUGACUCGCUCCCAUUGGAGGUCAAGGACAACAUCAAUCAGGAAUCCACUGUUUCUUUUGCAAACGGGGUAUAA